AAUUUUUAUAAUAGAAACACUUAUAAGUAUUAGUACUUCCUAAAGAAGCAAUCCUAGGAUCUUUGAUCAACCAAAAAAAAAACACUUCUAAGAUAUUUGCUUAACUUCCAAACAAAACCAUGUCUCUCUCCAAACCCUAGAAUAAUUGUAAUUCUCGACCCAAUAAAUAAAAUAACCCCUUGCCUCCAUUGUUUCUGGAUUUUCUCUCACUUUCUCUCUCGUUUCGCCGGCCAAAUUCUCCCCCUCGUACUCUUCCGGGGCGAUUGGAUCUGAGUGUUUUUUUAAUUACAAAUUUAUCCGGUCCCAUUAAUCCGGAAGAGAAGCCUCGAAUUCUUUCUCUCCGCAAUUUCUAGGGUUUUUGGAUCUGAAAAGCUAGGAUUUUCUUGCUUAGUUCGUUAAAGUUAGGGUCUUUUGCUUAUUUUGUUCGAAGUUAGGCCCUUGGUUUUGGUGGUGUUUAUCUUGGAGGAAAUUGAAGGUCUUGGCGGGGCAUCAGAGAGAAGCCUGUGCUGCCAAUGCCAUUAUUGGUUUGGAUAUUGGUAAAUUUUUCGGUGAUUUUUGAUAAACCGAAAAGGUUGAAGUUUUUAGAGCUAGGAAGAAACACCAAUGUCUUGGGCGGGCCCCGAAGAUGUUUACCUCUCCACUUCUCUUGCCAGCUAUCUUGACAAAAAACUUCUUGUGCUGCUCCGAGAUGGUCGGAAGCUUUUGGGGAUUCUUCGUUCUUUUGAUCAAUUUGCCAAUGCUGUUCUCGAGGGUGCAUGUGAGCGAGUCAUUGUUGGUGAACUUUACUGUGACAUCCCUUUAGGUCUUUAUGUAAUCCGUGGGGAGAAUGUUGUUCUAAUUGGCGAGCUGGAUUCGGAGAGAGAGGAACUUCCACCACACAUGACUCGUGUUUCGGCUGCAGAAAUCAAAAGUGCACAGAAAGCAGAACGAGAAGCGUCUGAUCUUAAAGGUACCAUGAGAAAAAGAAUGGAGUUCCUUGAUAUGGAUUAAAGGAUUUUGCACCAAGUUCAUGGAGUUAUUCACUUGUCGUCCAUCCGCAAAUAUUAUAGCGGCAUCUUUUCUUUCUCGUCUUCUCCCUCAGGUUGUCUGGUGUUCGUAGAUGGUAGAGGUUUUAAAAUCCUUGGAAAUUAUAAUUGUAAUGAACAAUAGUUCAAAUUUGUUUCUGUAAUAUUUGUCUGAGUUGAAUAGAAGUAUCCCUUUACUUUUA